AUGCCAGCCGACAAGACAAUGGAAGCGGUGAAAGGCCUCGACGUCCCGCGGUACAUGGGCCGGUGGUACGAGAUCGCCUGCUUCCCGUCCCGAUCCCAACCUAGAGACGGCGAGAACACCCGAGCGACCUACACAUUGAAGGAAUACGGCGCCACCGUCGGCGUGCUGAACGAGACGUGGAGCGGCGGGAAACGGAGCUACAUCGAAGGGACGGCGUACAAGGCCGAUCCCAACAGCGACGAGGCGAAGCUGAAGGUGAAGUUCUGGGUCCCGCCAUUCCUGCCGAUUAUCCCUGUCACCGGAGACUACUGGGUUCUAUACAUCGAUCCGGAGUAUCGGCACGCGCUGAUCGGUCAGCCGAGCCGCAGUUAUCUUUGGGUAAUGUGUUCUUGA